UGAGCCCAAAAGUUCAUAAAUAUGUAAAUCAUGCACAUUCAGCAAUUUUUUUCUUCUUCAAAACAGUCUGGUCAAAGUGAUGUUGCUUCUGCUUUCACUAAGAGGUCACGUGUCACUAAAAAGGGAACACGUCUGCAAAUGAAAUCACACAACAUUGUUUCUCACACAGUUUAUCUCGUUCGGCAACAUUUCACAAACCAGUUUUUGCGCCCAUUUCCAAUUACCAGGAUGACACGUUUCCACGCGGCGGUUCUGUCUGUCGUAUUCCACACAGGAUGGUGGUGUCUGUGUACAGCUGAUGUUGGGGAUUUCACUCCAUGCCUGCAGUUCUUCUACAUGUCUUGGCCCCCCAAAGGUCUGACUGGAACCCCGAUCUGCCAGCGUUAUAACAACCAGUACCGGUUUGCCACGCUGUACAGUCGCCCACGCCGCUCUCCUUGGCUCUCGGCGUAUUUGUACACUGCACCAGAAGGGAAGAGACCUUCAGCAUCCUGGAAGUUUGAGCCACAGCUUGCCUAUCCAAAAGCUGAUGGAAACAUGCUGCCAUUCCCCCCGGGCCCUCUGGACCAGAUUAUUGUGGACAGCCAAGCAGUGGAGCUGGACUACAUUAAUUCUACAUACACACGAGGCCAUCUCAAUCCCAGCCUACACCACCAGCAUCAAGACGACCGCUCCUCCACCUUCACCCUGACGAAUGUGGUUCCUCAGAAAGGGGGUUCCAAUGAUGGACCUUGGGAAACCCUGGAGCAGACUAUCAACAAAACCUUACAAACCUACUGUCUUGACAAAGCUUACAUAGUAACAGGAAUCAUCCCUUACGAGAAAGAUGACCGCUGGCUCAAGGAUCAUCGUGUGGCAAUACCUGAGUACCUUUGGUCAGCCUACUGCUGUCCAAAUUACAACAACAGUCUUCCGAAAGAGCUACUCGGUACCUUUCCCACAUAUGCUGUCAUUGGUCGCAAUGACCGCAACAGCACUGAGGACAUUGUUCCGGUCAGCAAAACGACUCCGAAAAAGUUCAGGGGAUACGAUGUGAGAAAGAUGCCACUAGAUACUCUUGAAAUGUAUCUUAAAGACAGAUUCAAAGCUGUCGUCAGUGUUUUUUAUCAACAGUGCUCUGGUCAACAGUGAGAUCGGCACUCAUAACAGACUCAAACAUCUAUAAAUCCGAGCAACUAUAGGUUGUUCGGGUUUAUAGAUGUUUAUAUAACUAUAGGCUUAUAUAACUAUAAUCCAGAACAAUUUAGGCUGUUAUGUCUUUAAUCUGCUCUGGCUGCAAUCUAGCAUUGUACCCAACAUCCCACACUACGGAAUUAGACUCUGAGAACUUCGGAAACAUUAAAAGUGAAGCACUGUUCAGCCUUCCAGUUAUGUAACAUAACUCGUAUUAGUUUUCUGUUAGCAAUGGUGGGUCCAGUUAAGGUAAUCAACUAUCAGCUAUUUUUUCCCAUGAGUUUUUCAUUUGAGAAUUAGCAUUUGAUCUAACUUUUAUAACUAUUAGUGGACCAAUGAGCUUCCACUCAAUUUAUUUCUGCCAACUUGAGGUCAGCUAACACUUUCUGAAUAAAGUUUAAUGGUCAAAAAUAUUUGUUAAUCCUAAAAUCAUGCAUGUUUGUUGAUACUGGAUCUUAAAUAUUAAUCCAAUAAGAAAAAAUUACACAAAGGCAAGACGCAUCACCUCAAGGAGAUGGCAAAUAAGGUCAAGCCAGUGUAAAUGCAUUAAAUAAGUUCUUUAAAUUAUUUUCCUUGUGUGUUUUUCUUAAUAUUUCAUAUUUAAUACUUUCUGUACUGUGAAUAAACUGUUUGUUGAUUGUGAA